CUUAAAGUCCCCCCGUUUUCUAGCUCACCCUUUGUCUUCCCUUAUCAAUGGCGGUGGCUUCGUCGACGACGAUGAAGAAGACAGCGAUGGUUCUGAGGCGUAGAACUCAAGCUCCGAAGCGUUACUCCGAUACUAUAUUCGGAGAUGAGGAUGACUUGGAUUUCGAGGACGUUAGCUGCCAGAGAUGCGGGUCUGGUGAUUUUGGAUCAAAGCUUUUGUUGUGCGACAAGUGCGAUAAGGGGUAUCAUAUAUUUUGCCUUAGACCCAUUCUUGUUUCGAUUCCCAAAGGCGCUUGGUUCUGUCCCUCUUGCUCCAACAUCAAGAAACCCCAAUUGUUUCCUUUGGUUCAAACCAAGAUUGUUGAUUUCUUUCGGAUUCGAAGGUUGCUUGAAUCUACAGAAAGGCUAAGUCAAAGCAACAUCAAAAAGAGAAAGAGAGCUAGUGGGUUAGCCAUGCCUAAAAAAAAACGGAAAUUGCUAGCAUUUAAUCCGACAGAAGACCCUCAAAGGAGAUUGGAACAAAUGGCAUCAUUGGCAACAGCAUUGGAGGCCUCUGGGACUGAGUACAGUAAUGAGCUCACCUACAGGCCUGGCAUGGCACCAAGGUCAGCUAAUUCUGCAGCUCUUGAGAAGGGAGGAAUGCAGGUUCUACCAAAAGAAGAUAUAGAGUCCUUAAAUUUGUGCAAGAGGAUGAUGGAAGAGGGGGAAUGCCCUCCUCUCAUGGUUGUUUUUGAUCCUGUGGAAGGGUUCACUGUACAGGCUGAUAGAUAUAUAAAAGAUUUAACUAUAAUUACAGAAUAUGUAGGAGAUGUUGAUUACUUGAAUAACCGUGAACAUGACGAUGGAGAUAGCAUGAUGACCCUGCUUCAUGCAUCAAAUCCUUCAAAAAGCCUUGUUAUUUGUCCUGACAAGCGUGGCAACAUUGCCCGGUUUGUAAAUGGCAUCAACAACUUCUCACCGGAUGGGAAAAAGAAGCAAAAUGUAAAAUGUGCGAGGUAUGAUGUCAAUGGGGAGUGUCGAGUUUUGCUGAUUGCUAACAGGGAUAUACGGAAAGGAGAAAAAUUGUACUAUGAUUACAAUGGGUAUGAGCAUGAAUACCCUACAGAACAUUUUGUGUAGCUUUUGCUUUCUCCCUGAUUAUAGAUUCCCAUACUAGGAUAGAACUGAUGGAAUUAAUUUAAAGUUAGCAAGCUAAUUGUAUACACAUGAUUGCUCUUGUCCCUGGUUCAACAGUUCUUUUUGUAACUCAUUUAAGCCCUCUUAUUGAGGGUUUAACAUUCUGUUCAGUAG